AUGUUGAACGUCCGAACUUGGAAAUUUUUGUACUUGUGCAAUGUGAACUUUUCCUCCACUCUCCGACUCUUCCCGCCAAUCUCCUUCCUUCUCCUCAAGGGCUUCCAGUCCCCCUCCGCUGCGUCGCCGCCACCAUCAACCACUUCGUUCGGUAACCCGCUCUCAACCACCACUGCACACCAAUGA